UGAGGCGGGACGAGAAAUAAUUAGAGGUAGGACAACAGCAACAGCAACAACAACAGCAGCAACAACAACAACAGCAGCAACAACAACAACAACAACAGCAACAGCAACAACAACAACAGCAGUCGCGACUGUGAGACAGGAAGCUGUGGUCGGGAGUGUGUCCGGUGCUCCCGGUCACUGACGGUUACCGACCGCGUUGCACCGAACCAUGAGGUUUUGCCUGGGAUAUGACAGUUACUGCUGCUGCUGCUGCUGCCAUGCAGUCUGUGGGCUCCGAACAUCAACAGUCUCGGGAUUGUGGUCCAUCAGCAACAUGUGCCCUUUGGCCAGUGGACAUGAAGAUAACACACAUAGACUGGAACUCGGAAGCCACCCUAAUUCACUUCCAGGGCCAGUACCUUACCAUAUGUGACCUGGACUACAACAUCCUGCAGGGAGAAAUACAGAGCACACCAAAGACAAAAGCAGCGGUGGACAUUGGAGAGUUUUGCCUCGUCGAAGAUUUGGCUUCUGCCCGCUGGUACAGAGGAAGAGUUCAGAACAGGAAAGUAGACUUGUUUGACAUAUUCCUCGUAGAUCACGGUAACAUCUUGAGUGUCGACAUUGCCCACGUGUCUUCCUGUUCAAACGACCUGUUCAUCCUGCCUGCAAAAAUAGUCUGUGGCUUCCUUGCAAAUGUGUUGCUGCUUGAAAGUUGUUCUCAUUCUGUAAUGGAGGAAUACUUCUCAAGCCUGAUUGGAAGAAAUGUCACAGGUUACAUUCAAGCCCUCCUGCCACACAAAAUCCUUCUGUUGGAAGCCCCUGACAUCAACAACGACCUUGUUAGACAUGGGUUUGGGAGACAUGUGGACACGCAUACCUUCAUCUUUCUGGUUGAGAUGCUCACAGAGGUGCCGCUCAACCAAAACAUCCAGCCAGUUCCUGACUUGCUCAUUGAAAAGCAGAGGGGACACGAGUUUUGCUUCAAACCAUCUGGUUUGCAGGGAUACGAAAACAUUCUGCCAAGGUGUAGGCCUGUAUUGAGUUGUGGGACAUGUGCUAAAGUGCGAGUAACCGCCGCUGUCAACCCCAGGCUGUUUUACUGUCAGAUGGCAAACAUGAAAACAGAUCUUUGUGAAAUGUCAAAGAAGCUGGCUGCAGUUUGUGAGCACAGAACCAAAGUUUGCAGUCAGACGACUCCAGAAAACCUGGGUUUACUGUGCUCAGUCAAAAGCAAAGAUGGAAAAUGGUACCGGGGCUUUGUGCAGUGUCUCCCCAUCAACUCCCACAUCAGAGUUCUGUUCAUUGACUAUGGAUUCUUUGAAUCUGUCAAAGUCGAGAACGUCCACAAGUUGCCACCUGAUCUCUAUUCAACACCCAUUGUGGCAUUCCCAUGCUCGCUGUCCUGCCUGGGUGAUCAGGAUGAGACAGUCAGAACUCAGCAGUUGAGUCUCCUCAAGACAGGCUUGCUUGGAGGGGUGCUGGAUAUGGAGAUCAGUAGUUUUGAUGAGGAACAGCAUCUGUACACCGUAACAUUGGUUGGUGCUGGAGAUAAUAAUGUGAAGGAACCACAACCUAUCAAAGGGCUUCCCCGAAGGGAAGAGGAGUCUGUUUCUGAGAAGGAAGAGUUGCCACCUAAGGGUGGCUAUUUGUACUAUGAAACAAUCAUGAGAAGAGCACUGGGUAAAAAACUGGAAGCAGAAGAGGUGCAGGUAGACUCCGUCUUUGUGGGGUAUGUCGAACAUGUCCUGAAUCCAAACCACUUCUGGAUCAGAACACAAAAACGCAAUCAUGAGUUUGAAGAAAUGAUGACAAAAAUGACAGAUCACUUCAGUCGAGUGAAGCUGGAUGAAGACGUCCUCUUGAAUCCCGAGCCCGGAACAUUGUGCUGUGCAGUCUAUGAGAAGGACAUGCAUUUCUACAGGGGUGUAGUGACCGACAUUCUCGAGCAUGGAGCUGAAGUUCUCUUUAUAGAUUUUGGGAAUGUUGAGAAAGUGCCACACAUGUUGAUCAAGAAAAUACCUGAGGCAUUUGCCAGUAAAUCAGCGUUUGCCUUCAGUUGUACUCUUUUGAAUGUUAUUCCCUUGGAUGAAGUCUGGAGUUGCGGCACUUCUGACUUUUUCCGGCGAGCUGUCACAAACAAAGCCCUGUUGGUCCAUGUUGUCCACAUGAGAAAAAGCAAAUUUGUUGUUGACCUCUUUGAGAUGGGGUGCUACAACAAACAGAGUAUCACUGAUCUCCUGAUUUCCUCCAAACAACUUGAAAACUGGAGCACUUCCGUGGAGCCUGUGGUGCAAAACGCAGAUGCGACAGCAAGAUCGAGUGUUGCGACAGACAUUGGUGGGAAUACAGAGCAGAGUGAAGAUAAAGGGAGGGAAGAGGACACAUGCAAAAAUGAAAUCAAGGUGCCUCAAGCCCCCGUCAGCUUCAAAGCUUUAUGCAUCAAGCCUGGGUUUGAGUUUGCAGUGAACUGCAUCAACAUCUCCUCUCCAACAGAAUUCUGGUGCCAGCCCCAAGGUAACGUUCCAGCUUUGGAAGAACUGAUGGAUAAAAUCCAGCAGUAUUACUCGACUAACACAGCCCCCCUCCAAUCGGGGGUUGCAUGUUGUGUUGCAAAGUCACCUCUAGAUGGACGAUGGCACAGGGCCUUCAUCAUAGAGAAACAGAAAAAUCAUGCCAGAGUGAUGUUGAUAGACUACGGCUUUACCGUCCAGAUCAAAGAGGAAAAUCUUGAGGCAAUAUUGCAGGAAUAUGUUCAUUUGGAAGGACAAGCUUUCAGGUGCAGUCUUUCCAACCUGAUUGAACCGACCGACUCCAAGAGCUGUGGGAGCUGGAGUCCGGAGUUGUGUAACGCUAUGAAAAAGUUUGUCCUUGACAGCAACAAUGGUCUAAGGUGUAAAGUUGUCUCUCAAAUGAAUAUGAGACACAAAGGGCUGUGCAAUGUUGUGGACCUCUACAAUACCCGAACCCAACAGAGCGUAACGAAUCGGCUCAUGGAACUGGGCCUGGCAAGGGAAGCAACAGUCGCAACAAAGCAACUGCCGACAGUGUCACCCGAGACUUUUGUCUACUCUUCAUACGAUCUUAGUCCUGGAAAUGAAGAACAAGUCUACGUGACUCACGUUAGCAGUCAGCGGGAUGUCUACUGCCAACUUGCGAGAAACACUGAAAUCAUCGAUCAGCUGGAAAAGAAAAUCUUCGAAGAGAGUGAGAAAAUGACGCAGGCCAGUGCACGAGCUGUCGUGAGGAAGCUGUGCUUGGCAAAAUACUUUGAUGGAAAAUGGUACAGGGGCUUGGCACACCCUGUUCAGUCGCCCCUGCACCUCAGUGUAUUCUUUGUGGAUUACGGAAACAAAAGCAUACCUGAGAAAACCAACGUCGCGUUCAUUCCCAGAGACGCUGCUGAUUUGUUGCACACGCCCAUGCAGGCCUUGAGAUGUUGCCUUGCUUCUGUGCCCAAGGAGGAGCUUUACGCCGAUGUCAAGGAAUGGCUUGAUAAAGAAAUCCUCAACAAGCAAGUGAAAGCCGUCGUGCUUGGAAAGAGUGAAGAUGGUUCAUUUGAUGUUGCGCUACAUGCUGGAGAUGUUAACAUCAACGAGAAGGUAAACGAGUUGAUACUCAGUCUUUCACCUAAACAAAAAGCAGCUGUUACUUUUAGCAAAGGGACCAGAACGAAAACACCUAGAGCUCUCCACAUGGGAACCACAGAGACCACAGUCAAGUGCAAGAGACCAGCUGAAAGGAAAUCUUUAAAUCGUCCCACAUCAAAUCCCUGCAGAGGUACUCAAGUCAGGAAUGCACUCCCUAAAAAGAGGGAAUACACAAACACUGCUCAUGGAGAAGCUCAGAACCAGAAACCAAAAGAUAAACCACACAAUGUGAACAAGACAAAGGGCUGUUCCCCUGUAAAACCAUUGGGAAACACAGUGCAGUUGGAUACAAACACCAAGUCAGAACGACCACAAAACACAAACAUAGCCGAAAUGCAUCAGCUCUCGUGUUUGCCUGACAAGAAAGUCAGUGUCGGCCUUCGGACUAAAUGUUUCACCUCCCACAUCGAUUCAGUCGACAGGUUUUUCCUCCAGGUGUCCGAGGACGAACCUGCCAUCUUGAAAAUGGCUGAAGAUCUGAACUUAAGUGUCUUCAGAAAUUCCUUGAAGACUGCCACCUCUUUGAGAAUCAACGACCUUGUUCUGGCCGUGUACGAGGAGGACGGCGCUCUGUAUCGUUCCCUUGUGAAAGACCGCGAAGGGAGUGCUUGCUUCGUAGUAGAGUUCAUCGACUAUGGAAACUCGGCGGUCGUGGGGAAGGAGAAGAUCUACCUGAUGCCAAAGGAGUGUCUCUCUCAGCCGAGAUUCAGCUUCUCGUGCUGCCUGUCGGACACAAGCGCCUUUGAAAACGAUGCUUCAUUCACUGACGCUGUAACGGAGAAGCCUCUCAUGGUCGACUUUGUCUGCCAAGACGGACCUCUUUGGAAGGUCAAGGUGGAGAUUCUUGAUGGAGAAGCCGGUGUUAGCGAAGCACUCGAAGCAGCUGUCGACAGCGGUCCCACGAACGAAAAUGAACGAGGCGAGGCGCCCGCGAGUUCAACUGAAAUGGAACCGCGAGUGAGCUCCUGUGAACAGCACAACCUCAAAGUAGAAAUGAGCACGAAUCAAACGACUACAUCUGAACGAAUCACGCUGGAAACACCAGCAGUCGCACCGACCGAACUGAAGGUAAAGACCAGCAGGCGCCAUAGUGGUCCCACCACAACCACAAGUAAUUUGAAGAGGAAUCCGAGAAAAACAUCCACCUCCUCCGUCAAAGCAGAGGGAAACGGCGCCGAUGCAUUCGUACCUCCGACUAUUCGAGCUAAAGACAGAGAGACUGUGUCAGUUCUGUCCGUCCAGAGUAACGGUGAUUUCUACGUCCGACUCGCCAGGACUAGCUUCCUGCUCGCUGCGUUGGAAAGCUGCAUAGCCGACGACGCAAACAGAUGCGAGAUGAUGGUCGAAGACGACGUCAAACAAGGCCUCAAGUGCUUAGUUCAGGUGCACACAGGCGAGUGGCAGAGGGCUGUUGUUCAUCAUGUAGGCGGGGGGAAAUGUGAAGUCCUCCUGGUGGAUCAAGGAACCACAGAAGACAUUCCAAGCGCCUCGAUCCGACGGCAGUGUGCUGACCUGAACAGAAUCCCGAACCUUGCGGUGCUGUGCAAGAUGAACUGCCUUGGGUUCAGCGAGGGAGAGGACGCCGCCAAAUUUUGGUGUGACACUCUCAAACCGAUGGUGGGCAAAGAAGUCAACCUGGUGUUUGUGUGUUAUUCAGAAGCUGAAAACAUUUGGAUGGUUGAAAUAGUCGUUAAUGGACUUUUCCUCAUUCGCCAAAUGGCGUCACUACAGCGAAACAAAGAGACGAUCACGUCGAACGCCGAAACUCAGAAUGAGGAACCCAUCUCGGACACGAGCCUCCCUCAGCAACUCGCCUUGGCGCCUAUCGACAUAGACAAAGUGAACCUGGGCUUCGCCGCCGCCGUGACGACUCCCUUCGAGUUCUGCGUCGUCCUCGAAGACUUGCUCCUCACCAUGAACAGAGUGUCCGUCCUGUUGGACGAGCUCCCCGGGCGGACGUCUCCUCUCGCUGAAGCCCACCUGGUCCCAGGCGCCUGCUGCCUUUUUAAAUCCGACUCCAAGAACAAGUGGUGCAGGACGGAGAUCGUGCACGUGGACACCACUGUGGUUCUGUACCUGGUGGAUUACGGACAUUAUGAAGGUAUGCCACGCGAAGACGGCCCCAAGCUCCAGAGGCUUCCGGAGGCGCUGAUCGAACUCCCCAGAGUGACGUGCCCGUGCAUCCUGCGAGGGGUGAAGCCCGUCGGGGAGGACGGACAGUGGAGCGACGAGGCGGCCGUCUUCUUCCAGCGACGUCUGUACCGGAAACACCUUCAGAUCUUCUUCAGAGAGCUCGUGUCGAACACACACUGGAAGGUGGACGUACUGGCCGACGGCGUCCACGUUGCCAAGGAGCUGGUGGAUGCUGGACAUGCCGAUUACAUCGACGUCAUGCUGGGACUCAGGUUCCAGGAGCAGGUUUCCUGUGAAGACCCUCGAGACCCGGACAGCGAGAGAGAGUCCGAUCUUUUAACUGAGGUCGCUGAGGAAGCUGAGGGGAGGACGUCGCUCGGCACCUCCUCUGGAUCUAGACGAUGUGUCGUGAUGUGAAGGGAGUCGCAGGACGAGGCCUCGCAGCAGUUUGUUUCUGUUAAAGACGAGGCCUCUGCACUUUGACAUAACUUCCAAUUACCAAUAACUCACGUUUAAGACUUAGUUAUAUUUAUUUGUGUUUUGUUGAGUUAGUUUUAGUACUUGAAAAUAUGUAUUACGUCAGCAGCAACCAUGUUAUUCUUAUUUAGAAGUUUUAGAGUUCAUGAACAGUUCCAAUAUUUUUAUAAUAUAUAUACAUAUAUUUUUUGUUUUGUUUGUUUCUUUGUAAGAUCAAAACUUGCCAUUUUCCCUUUAAAGGGUAUUUACAUUGAUAAGGUACAUGCACUGUGUUUUGAUGGAAGUUAGUCAAUUUAAUGUUUCAAUUUUGAAAACAUAAGUUUUGGUUUAAAUUCUGUAUUCAUAUUCAUAAUUAAGUCUCAUUUGUUUCCUACAUUUAAAAAAACGUUGACAGUUCAGUUUGAAUCUGUUACACCGACUGACUCGUGUUGAAAUCAUAUUUCAGUUAAAUGCAGUAAAGCCUUUUGAUGAC